GAACAGUUGUAAAAGCAAUGGAGAACCUGUUCCAGUAAGGCAGAGAAAAGUUUCUCAACCAGGGCCAGUGCCAUUACUAGCAUGGACACCUUUUGCAGCUCCAGUCUCGGUACCUGUAACACCCACACACAUUGAUGGCAGAGUGAUAUUUCGGAAUUCAACAGAUCUGCCACAGAAUUUCUGUACAGAACACACUGACUACCUUAAGAUGACCAAAGAGAAGCUUGGAAAUGGCUCCAAUGGUGAUAUUUUUACCAUUUAUUUGCAAAGUGACAGAAGCAAAAAGAUGGCUUUAAAAGAGACGAGGUACCCCAUUGGUAAAGAAGAAGUAGAAGUGUACAAGUUGUUGGGUGAUCAUCCGCACAUUGUGACUCACUAUGCAGGAACAUUAAGGGGCCAUAAGGGACAUGCCAAUAUCUUCAUGGAGAAGUGUGAACAAUCUCUUUAUGACUACAUGGAGUCAAUGUCAGAGGGACGCCUGGAUGUCGAGAAAGCCAUGUUUUAUUGGCUUCAGAUGCUCACUGCUGUGGAUUACUUGCACAACUUGAAAAUUCCUGUAAUUCACAAAGACAUCAAAG